AUGGAAGUAAGUGAUUCUGAGCAGGGUGCUUGUUUGGCUUUACAGGUAUUUGUAUUUGGUUGGCGGAUUAUUGUUGGUUCAAUUAUCGGGUUCUUGGGAGGUGCACUUGGGAGUAUAGGAGGAGGUGGCGGGGGUGGAAUUUUUGUUCCCAUGCUUAUCUUCAUCAUAGGAUUUGAUCAUGGAUCGUCUGCUCCAAUAUCAAAAUGUGCAGCUGUAACAACCGUGUACUACAACCUCAAGCGAAGGCAUCCAACCCUUGAAAUGCCAGUUCUGGAUUACAACUUGGCACUUCUCAUCCAGCCAAUGCUCAUGCUUGGGAUCAGUAUAGGAGUUUCUUUACGCUUGGUUUUUCCUGACUGGAUAGUCACAAUUCUUCUAGUUAUUCUUGUUUUAGGCCCAUUAACCAUGGCGAUCUUAAAAGGUAUACCAAUAUGGAAAAAGGAAACCAUCUUAAAGAAGGACGUUGUCAAGUGUUUGGAGUAUGGUACUGUUGGCGAAGAAUCGGGCAACAAACCCGUAUCAAGCAGUUCAAGUGGUGGCACUCCGAUGAAGACAAAUUCAGUGGUGACUUUUCAUGAGCAUAUUGGUAGUGAAGCAGUAGAUCAAAAGUCUAUUCCAAGUUGCCCCAGCAAUGGCUCUCUAAAGAAUAUAAAUGCAUCUAAACAAGUCAAGGUCACUAUCUUUGAGAAUGUUUACUGGAACGAACUUGCCAUUCUCGUUUUUAUCUGGGUGGCGUUCCUUCUUCUGCAGAUUAACGAAACAACAACCCGUUCAAUGUCAUACUGGAUUCUGUCCACAAUGCAGAUCCCAGUUUCAGUUGGAGGGUCUUUGUAUCAGGCAGAUAGCUUAUAUAAGGGAAAGAAGGCAAUUGCUUCAAUGGGAGUAGCGGGCAUGAAAUGGAAAAAGCAUCAGCUAAUAAUAUAUUGUUUAACUGGCGUACUUUCUGGUAUGGUUGGUGAGCUUCUUCGUCUUGGUUUCAGCUUCAUUUUGGUUCCUUUCUUCUUGGAACUUGACAUUGCUCCUCAGGUCUCUAGUGCUACAGCUACUUUCAUCGUGAUGUUCUCUGCAUCCUUAUCUGCUAUUGAGUUUUACUAUCUAGCGCCUUUUCCGAUCCCUUAUGCACUAUACUUCCUCUCCGUGGCAGCUAUCGGUGGGUUUCUAGGCCAGCAUGUAGGAAGAAAGAUGAUCACAUUACUUGGGAGGCCAUCUGUUAUUAUUUUCGUUGUAGUUUUCAACAUUUUCGUGUGCACAAUUUUAUUAGGUGGUGUUGGAAUAGUGGAUGUGAUCGAGAAGAUUGAGCUAAAACAGUACUUGGGAUUUCGGAAUCUGUGUCAAAGACAUGCUUAG